ACUAGCGCUGUUAUGCAAGCAGUGUGGCGCGAAAAAGGUUUGUGCUGAGAGUUUGGAAUACCGUCACUUGUCAUGAGUGCCAGCUGUACCCCACCGCAGGACAGGAUGGGUAGGAGAAAGAAGACCUUACAGGAGCAGCAGGAAACUACACCAGUUGACAGAAAAAUCUCUGAGCAUGCAUCCCAGGAAUCAAACUGUGAAAGCAGUGCAUUAUCACCUCCUAAAAAAUGGAAUUAUAGGCAAAAACGAAGUCGGCAUUUAGAGUGUCAAGAGGAAGACAUCCCAGAGAAGAAACAGUGUUUUGCAAGAGCGCACCCAAUUGUGAUGCUGACUCGAGUAGCAAUAGAGUCCUCAGCCAACACAACUCCACACACAGUAGAAAGAAGCAGUGAUGAGCACUCUGAUCACACGCAGGAAACUAAUGAUGAUAAACAGUCUGAUCAGGAGCUGCUAGGCCUUUCUCCAUAUGAAGUUAAAAGGCUGAAAAACAUUAAGGAAAAUGCCAAGUUUUUAAAUUCUUUAAAACUGCUUGAGUCUGCUUCAGUUCUCCGUUCUUCCCCAAACAAUCGAAGAAAGACUAGUGGAAUCAAAAGGGAGAAAAAGGUAAAAAUAAUAGAGGAAUCAGCAAGACGCCGCUCCACAAGACUGCAAGGAAUUAAUAAUCCACUUACUAAUAACACAGAGCAGUCAAAGAUGCCAGAGCCGGUAUUAUUGGAAGAACAUCCUAUGAAGCCUCCUGGUCCACUCGAGAUGAUGCCAAUCAAUUUCGUGGAGGGCAGUGGCACAUUUGAGAACUUUGUGAAGACAUGGGACUCUAUCAGUCAGGAGGUCACUGGCAGUUCCAAGACAACACAAUCUGCAGACUUUAAAAGAUACGUAUCUGGUUUGAAGAGCAUGUCCCUAUUAGAUAAUGGAGUUGCAAAGGUUGUUCGCGACCGUAUUUUUUCUGUGGCUGUGCAUCCAUCUGAAAGCCAAAUUCUUGUAGCAGCUGGAGACAAAUGGGGUCAAGUUGGGCUUUGGAACCCAAAUCACCAGUCUCAUGAUGAUGGAGCGUAUGCAUUUACCCCUCAUUCCCGACCCGUUUGCUGCAUGUACUUUUCCCCUUCAAAUUCAGCACACCUGCUUUCACUCAGUUAUGAUGGCACAGUACGCUGUGGAGACGCAAACCGCUUGGUCUUUGAAGAGAUUUACCGAGAUGCAGAAGACUCUUUUUCUUCAUUUGAUUUCCUGUCACCAGAUGCCUCUGUCUUGUUGGUCAGUCAUUGGGAUGCACAUUUAUCGCUUGUGGAUAGUAGAACGCCAGGAACAUCCUAUGAACAUCGAACAAGCCUAGGAAUGAAGAGUGCCCGCACUGUGAAUGUGCAUCCUGUAAACAGAAACAUUUGUGUUGUAGCAGGGGCAUGUGAUGUUUGUAUUUAUGAUGUCCGAAAGCUCAACAAGAAGACGACACAGCCAGUGCUCUCAUUGAUUGGUCACACAAGAAGUGUAGCAUCUGCAUAUUUCUCUCCCGUGACGGGCAACCGAAUUUUGACCACGUGUGCCGAUGAUUUAAUACGGGUGUAUGACAGUUCCAGUCUGAGCUCAGUGGCUCUUCCUUUUACUUCACUCAGGCAUAACAACAAUACAGGACGCUGGCUGACCCGUUUCCGAGCAGUAUGGGAUCCCAAGCAGGAAGACUGCUUUGUAAUUGGCAGCAUGUUAAGGCCCAGGCAGAUUCCGGUUUUCCAUGAGAAUGGGAACCUUCUACACUCCUUCCAGGACUCUGAAUACCUUGGCUCUGUGUGCUCUAUCAAUGCCAUGCAUCCCACUAGGAAUUUGUUAGUUGGAGGAAACAGCAGUGGCAGACUGCAUAUCUUCUGUGACUGACACAAGAAACUUUAUUUUUUUCACAUUAAUCCUUAUUCCAUCAAGAUGAAUACACACCAAGUUUGCUUUUUAUGAGCUUGUCUGGUGUAAAUAAACCUUAAAUAACUAUCCAGAAAUAACUCGUAGACAGGUAUUCAUAACUGUAAGAGCGAAAAAUGUUGUAGGGUGCUCCCUUACUUUUAGCCCUGCCUAUUCUUUUAUUUUACAUGUUAAACCAUAAAAAGCAUACCGUUUUAUGCUUGCUGAUAUAUAGUUUUAGUGGAUGUUCCUGGAUAAAGAUUUUGUGUUUUAAUUCAUAAAUAAAAUGCCAAGCGGUGUUUUAAUGAUAAAAAAAAAAAAAAAAAUCCAUCAGGGUGUGUUC